AUGUAUCGUAUGGAUGAGCUGAAAAAAAGUAUACCGGAAAAUAUAUUUGAACACGUUUCCGAAUAUAUUGUUAACCGUUCGCGUGCAAUAUUAUAUGUAAAGGAAGAUACCUUACAAAGAAAGAUUAAUUCAUUUGAAUUAGGUCAAAGAAGAGUACCUCGUGUUGAUCGUAAUGUUGUUAAGAAUUUAUCAUCUCGUAUAUUGUCAAAUGAUGAAACUGAUUGUCUUGCCCAUGGAUUAGAUUAUGGUCUUGUUCCUAAAAAUACUGAUGAUAUGAAUAUUGUUAGUAAUAUUGAAAACUUCUUUCAUCGAAUCACUGAUAUUUCUCAACAUCAUAAAAAGCUAAUGUCUGAAGUUAAUGAUAAAGAUACUGUUGAUGGUGCUGAUGUUCGUGUUCUUAAUUCAAAAGAAAUGACUUUGGCGAGCAGUUUUCGUUCUAUAACUGAUUCAUUUCGUCAUCAAGUUUAUCGUUUUGCACAAUUACACAAUAGAAUUAAUACUGAACAGCAAAAAUGUUGCAAUGUAUUAAAGAAUUUAAAAGAAGAUAAAUCGAUUGUUGUUACUCGCCCAGAUAAAGGCAGAGGUGUUGUUUUGUUGGAUAAAGUCGACUACUUAUCGAAAAUGCAUACUAUACUGAACGAUUCAACUAAAUUUUCGUUUUUGUCGUAUGAUCCUACAAUCAUCCGAGAAACUAAAUUAAUUAAAUUGUUGAACAAACUACUUGAUGAAGGUACUAUUUCUAAAGAUUUUUAUAAUUUGGCGAAACCUUUUGGUUCGAUUCCUGGACGUCUUUACGGAUUGCCGAAAGUACAUAGGGAAGAUAUUCCACUUCGACCGAUUGUUUCAGCUAUUAGAACAUUUAACUAUGGUCUCGGAAAAGCUCUAUCACAAUUAUUGUCGCAAUUUAUCGAGAAAAAAAAUAUGAUUCGUGAUUCAUUUUCAUUUGUUAAAGAAUUACUCGCGCUACCAAAGUAUUCCAUUAUUAGACGCCAACUUAACCUUAUAUACACUCCUUCUACUCCUAUAUCAUUACCAUCACUCACUACUGAUACUGUUGUUCUUCGCGUACCUUAUUUCGGACCAUUAAGUCAAGUGUAUGCAAAACGGAUUAUCUCCGCUACUAACAAGAACUACCCACUAAAAAGAAUUAGACUUAUAUAUGACGUGAAAGAACGUGUAGGAACUGGUUUUACUCUGAAAGAUCCGAUUCCCGAUCAAAUGCAAGCAGGAGUUGUUUAUGAAGCCACUUGUCCUGAAUGUAAAGUAUAUUACAUCGGUAAAACUUUUCGACAUUUUAAAACCCGUACACAUGAGCAUCUUCAUUAUCAAAAACAAGACCUAUGUCUGAAAAAAACUGCUAAAUCAAAACAUACCGUAAAACGAAACAGCUCAACGAUUAAAACAUCUGUCCAACGUAAAGGGUCGAUUACUCGGUCACAAACAGGAAAAUUACCACCUUUAUCUGUACAAUCCAUUCAACAAGAAAUCGCGAAACUUGUGAAAAAUCCUGAAAUAAUACAAACAAAUAUAAAACCACCUACUCCUAAAGCAGCCAUAGCCAAACAUUAUUAUACGACAGGUCAUACAUUUACUAAUGAUGACUUCAAUAUUCGAAUAAAAGAGAGAUAUAAAUAUAAACUAUCAAUUAAAGAGUCUCUAUUAAUCAAACAAAAAAAACCACCACUAAAUAAAGGCAUAAGAUCAGUACCACUCUAUAUUUACGCCGAUGGAAUAGAACAAAACAAUGCAAGAAAACAAAAACAACGAACAAUUCCGGAUACGUCCAUCCGGACAACGAAUCAAGAUUAA